GGAUGGACCGCGCGACAUGGAAGCCGACGCCUGCCCCGCCCUUUUCCCAGCUCCCAGCCACCGCCACAGCCACCGCCACGCCCAACCGAGGGCUAGGCGGCAGAAGCGAGCCUUGAACCCUGCACCGGGGCUGGGCCUAUCACCCUUUCCCCCACGUCGUUGAAAGCUCACAAUCACGCUCAAAGCAGAUUCAUCCUCAGAUGGCAAGGGGACAGUCGCCAGCCCCCACUUCUUCCUCCCAGCAACAACAUAGACGCCGGUCAGGACGAGCGCCAAAAAGAGGCUUGCUCGAUGGGAAAUAUAGUAGACCAACCUGCGCCCCACCACCGGCACUGCGUCUGUCCUCCAAGACUCCGCUCCGCUCAACCUUUCACCCGCUGCCGGCGCCGGGCAGAUCCGGGGUAAGUGAGACGAAAUACACUCCACCCUCAAUCAGCCAAGCAACCCCCAGGCACCCGACCCCACACGCCGCUCAGACCAGCCGCCCAGAUCAGAGUUCCGACCAUGACACAAUCACAAUCGUAGUCGCCCAUUUGGGCAGUAAGACAUCGACCCCGGAAUGUGAAUUGGUAAUGCUUCGCUUGGAGUAGCAGCGGGAAGGAUCUGAAGAUUAGGGUAAUGUACGUACAAGGGUGGGACUAUUUACAAUGUGCUCGGUUCACAAUUCGACUCGGCAUCGACGGCGAGUGAACU